CAACAUCAUACAGGAAAGUGCAGAAAUCGGACUACUAUCCUCCAGUCUACAGGUCACCACAGGUUCAAAUGCUGAAUUUUCAUCAAAUUCAAAAAUUUUGGACAAAGGUCUGGCUAAACUCUUUGGUUAUCCUCCACAAAAGAGCUCAAGAGAAACCGACUUUGCAUUGAGUUCAAAUAAGCGAGAUGAACAUUUGGCUAAAUUGUUUGAUGAAAUUCUACUGCAAGUAUUUUCCAAAGUUCCAUUAGAAGAAACAAGAGCAGCAGCUGGCAGAUCAAUUACAAGGAGAGACACAAAAGAAAGAGCAACCGUUGAUGGGAAUUCUCAUGAACCAGAACUUUUCUUUGAUAGCACAGACAGAAUGUCCAAUAACGAAGAUGUUCCAACAGAUGAUCAAAAUCACAACCCACCACACGUGGAAAACAUCUCCCAAACUCUCCAAAGAUUGUCAGAUCACAUUGCAGGGGAGCAGAGGGAUCAAGAAUCCUCUCUCUUCAACAGGGAUGUGAGUGAUACGCAAUUAACGACUAUUGAUAAGGGGACGCAUCAAGAAGCAGUCAGUCCAGAUGUUCCAAGCAGGGGCAUGCCGUGCUCACAGCUUCUGCAGUUCCUCCAGAAGAACAUCAUCGUCGCUGCCGUCUCGGUGGUGGGGAUCGCCGUGGCCGCGGUGCUGCUGCUCCUGGCGCUGCUUGUGUCCGUCAGGAAGAGACAGUUGCUACAUUCUCCGGCAGACAUGACAUACAAUAUUUUUAUAAUGAAUGGAAAGACUUGGUGGCAAAAGUCUCAAGACAAGAAGACCAAAAAACAUGCAGGAAAACAGAAACAGCUGAAGUUAAAUUCCGGUAUCUAAGCCAGGUGGUGAGGCCAGCCAACCAGCACCUAAAGCUGUGAUGUGAGGCGAUUCUCCAUCCAGACGCGUGGAAAGGCAUUUGGAUUUCUGACUGUGAGGUGCACCCUAAAAAGUGUACCUUUUCCUCUCAAUUUUGAAUGGACCAAGAAAACAGUUUUGACCACAGAUUGCUCAUAAUGUUAACAGCAUUAAUGGCUAAUACAGGAGACUUAGCACAUUUCCCCAGAGACUAACCUGACAAAACAAUGGAUUGAUUUAUUUAUUAAUAAUAUUGAUUCGUUUUUUUCAGCCA